GCUUCAGGGGCUACUACUACUUCCAUCAUCUUUUGCUUUGGCUCAAUCUUCUGUCUCUGCUAUUGCUGAAAAUGGGUAUGGUGCUCCAAAGCUGCUACCUUGAACCAAAUGGCGGUACGCCGUCGUAUUUGCAGUUCUAAGGAAGGACAAAACACGAAACAACGUAGGAAGACGGCUGCGUUUUGCUCUGGCUGUGGCCUUCUCUUUGGAUGAUUCUUGUUACAGUUCCUCAAUUCGGAAACCCAAUCUCUCAGACCGAGGCGGGGACUAAAGAAGAAAAAUGGCGGCCAAGUUCGUUUUCUCUGCCUCGCAGCUUCAACAAUUUCCCACUCUGGUUUCUGCUUCGGAAUGCAAAAACCUCGCCCGCCAUUACCACAGCAGCACCAAAAACUUCAGUCUUUAUACCACACAACACCAACAAUUCAGCAACAGGCAGCUGUUUUUUUCAAAAGGGAGAUUGAUUGGAAAUGCAGUCGGGCCUAUUUCAGCUACGGACUCAGGAGUGGAAACAUCGAUUACUGAGCCAAAGGACAAUGCCAUAACCGUAAGAGAUGCUAAGAUUGUUGUAGAGUCGAGGGACGAAACCAGCAUUAAGGUUAGAGUGGAUUUGGGGGGAGAUGAAACAGAAAAGGUUUUCGGAAAGGUAUUGAGAAAUCUGGCUCUCACUUCACCACCAAUCCCCGGAUUUCGGAAACAAAAGGGAGGUCAGGCAAAAUAGUUCCCUCAAUUUUCUUAUGUAAUUGGUUUUCUCCAUUGUGAUCUCACUCAUUUCUUUUUAUCUACUGACAAAAUUGCAUGAAGUCGUCAUGAAAAAGAGAGUCACUUUUGUCCAUGGUUGCUAUGAGUAUGGUGAUCAGCCUGACAAGGAAUUCAAAGACUCAUUAUCUAAAACUUAUGCUAACUCUUCACUUCUUACGAGAGAAUCACCUAGCUCACCAAAAUUUUAGCUAGCUAGCAAACGUCCAACUAACCAGGCCAUUUAAACAGUAUAUAGUAUAGUCUGCGCAUUUCAGACUCACUGCUUCUCUUGAAUGCUAGGACUAUAUAUAUUGUUUCCAUAUGAUUUAUUUUAUAUAAGCUGCUUCCUUGUGCUUUCUAUGCUACAACAAUCCCUUGAGCCGCCCAAAACCUUAACGUACUACCAAUAUUGUUUUGCAUGGUUGCUGGACUGAAACCAGGGAAGACAACCCAGGUGAGUUUGAUGUCAAAAUUCGAGGCUCUAUUUUAUUAGCAGAGUUCCAGUAGGAGAACAGGACAGUUAUUCUAUCUGGUGAUUCUAAAGGGUUACUGAUAUUGUAUACUGGCCUCAGGUGCCAAGGGACUUCCUGAUCCAGGUCCUGGGGGAAGACCGAGUUACGAACUUCGUGAUUCAAGAAAUAGUUAGCGCAACACUGGCAGAUUAUGCAGAUAAGGAAAAUGUGAAAGUGAAGGAGAACAAAGUGACCACAAUCCAGAAGGCAGAUGAACUGAUGAAGCUGUUUAAACCAGGAAAAGAGUUCGGGUUUAACGCCAUUCUGGAGCUUGAGCAAGGUGAUGCAGUGGAAAUUGAAACUGAACAAGGUGAUGCAAUGGAAGCUGAAACUGUAACUAAUGAAAGCUAGAAACAAAGCUCCUCUCCUUUUCUUUGUAUGAAUGACAUUAUUUAGUUUAUAUUGACUCAAGUCACAGUUCCAUAUAUACCCACAUUCAUCCAAUGGCAACGAUGAUGCAGUUAUGCAAUUUGGUAUAAUUCAUUAUGUACAAAC